AUGGAGAAUCUAUUUGCGCUUCUAUUAGACGGGACAGCAAUUAAAGAACUACCCUCAUCUAUUAAUAAUCUUACGGGGCUUUUUCGGCUAAGUAUGUGUAACUGCACAAGCCUUGUCUGUCUUCCGGACGAUAUCUGCAAUUUGGCACGCCUUUGUUAUCUCUGUCUGACUGGGUGCUCAAGCCUUGUCUGUCUUCCGGACAAUAUCUGCAAUUUGACAAGCCUUGAGUUUCUCAAUCUGACUGGGUGCUCAAGCCUUGUCCGUCUUCCGGACAAUAUCUGCAAUUUGGCACGCCUUCUUUAUCUCGAUCUGACUGGGUGCUCUAACCUUUCAAAGUUGCCUGAGUACUUUGGGAAUUUGAAAUCCUUGCGGCAAUUUAAAGUGGAGAGAAGUGGUUAUUUAUGAUCGUUAUAUUUAUGAUCGUUAUAUUGGACCUCCUUGCCUUGUAUCUCUUCCUGGAAGUGAUAUUCCAGAAUGGUUCAACCAUCAGAGUAGAGGGUCUUCCGUAACUGUGCAAUUACCACCCAAUUGGCU